GAUUCUCAACCCACUGAGCAAGGCCAGGGAUAGAACCCCAAACCCCAUGGUUCCUAGUCAGAUUUGUUUCCGCUGCACCACGAGCUCCCCAUGGUUGACUUUUAAGUUUAUAAGUUUUUAAGUUUGUGGUUUACUUUUAAGCUUAUUGGUGACCCAAAGUAACCAAUAUUUGAAGUACUUCCUGGGUGUCCAUUGUUUUCAGAUCUAUUGUUUCCUUAUUUGAAUCUCAUAACAAUCUGGAAGUAGUUAAGUAGUAAGAGUCCCGUUUACAGACAAGGAAAUGGAGGGUUUUGACUGUAAAAUGACAUUACUGAGCCCAUAAAUCAAAUGACAGCAGAAAUUUAAACUAACAUUUACCAAACACUUAGCCAUUUGCCAGACACUGUUCUAAGUACAUUACAUGUUUUAGCUCAUUUAAUCCUCACAGCAAUCUUAGGAAGUAAGUAAGGACUGUUGUUAUUCCCAUUUUACAGAUUGGGAGGUUGAGGAUUGGGAAAGUCGGGUAACCUACCUCAGGUCACAUAUCUAGAAAUGGAGGAGCCAUAUUCGAACCAAGCAUUAAUUUCAAAACUCAGUUUUCUAACUUCAAAUCUGGUGUAUUUUCUAUAGUAUUGCAGAUGUCUCCAUGUUUAUAAAGGUAGAUCUGAAAUUAAUUAUAGCACAAAACCUUGAGGGACUGGGAGUUUAGGUUGUGUUAUAUCAAUGAAAAAAGGUCAGACCCGUUAAGUAUAUUAAUUGAAAAUUAAAGAUUUGAAAACAAAAUACCAUGAUUUAGGAAAUUAGGUCUGCUCCCCUAUCUGAAUUAACUUAUAAAAUGUAUGUAAAUUUAAAAUAGAGACCACUAAAAACUUCUCCCUUUGAUUCCUCUUAGAAAAACCCUUCUCUUUAGAAGGGGGUGGGGGAAGGUACAGGUUAAUAGACAAAGAGAAUACCCUCUUAACAACUUACUUUUUCUCAUUGGUGGGCCUCGUUCUCCAAUAAAACAAAUCGCAGUUUCUUAGUUGUGACUGAGGCUUUGAUCCUGAGCUAGCGUAGUCUAGUGGUCCCUGGAAAUGUCCCCAAGUGCCUGUAUAGACACUAUGAAGAGAAAAGCUCAGCUCUGUUGGACUUAAGCUCCCAGCUUUCUUGCACACCCAUCCCCGUCCUACCGUACCCCCUGAAAACCCUCGUGCUGGUCUCAAGGACGGGGUGCUUUUGAGCCUGAGUUAUCCAGACAGCUGUUUCAGCUUUUCUUUUCAGCUACACCUUAAAGUUGAGAAAGGUUGCCCUAAUUCUCACCUCAAAUUCCACUUCCCUUUUGGGUUUGAAGCCAGGUCAAGGCAUUCAUUUUACACCCAGCCCCCAGCUUCAUCUGGUGGAGUUCUGUACGUUUACAGGGGCAGAUGUCCAGAGGAGCAGAACCCCUUCUCAAACUCCUACUCUGUCCUCUUGGAGACUCUUCUUCCUCUUCUCUACCAGCUUUUGAUCCAGUUGCUGGGCAUGUAAGCCAUUCUUCAGGGCCUUUAACAUAAACCACCAUCCCCUUUAACAGGGUAACAAUUGCUUUCAUUUAUUCACUUAACAAAUUUUAUGGAUGGUCUCUUAAAUACAAGACCUCGUGCUGGUUGCCACAGGGGAUACAGAGGAGAGUAAACCCUGGCUUGUUGCAUUUCAUUGUCUCCUGGUGAUGAGACAAGUUCACAGAUAUAAAAGGAAGGCUUUAGCACUGGUGAUUCAGAAGAGAAAAAGACCAUAUUUGUGACCGACAAGUUCACAGAUAUAAAAGGAAGGCUUUAGCACUGGUGAUUCAGAAGAGAAAAAGACCAUAUUUGUGACCGGGUGGGUGGUGGAGGAGGCAAAGAGGAAAAAUUGAGUUAAAAAAAAAAAAAAAAGGCUUCCGUGGAAAAGGUGGCCUUUGAACUAAGCCUUGGAAGAUGAAUGGGAUUUUUACAGACGGUGGGGGUGGGGUAUUGAGAGGACAUAGCGGCAUCUUGGGCAAAGAAAGAACUGGAACAAAGGCUUUCAUGGUGUCUCUGAAAGAUCCUUUUAUGAAUCAUGGUGGAAUUAACCUAUACCAAAUAUUUUAAAGACGCAGAACUCUGUAAUCAGGAGGUAGUUUCAGUGAACAAGAAAAGCUUUCCAGAGUGAACUUAGUCAAAAUUGUAUUUAAUCUUCCUUAAAUAUAUAGACACAUUUUAGUUAUGGGGAGAAAGUCUGUUGGAAUAUUGUAUUCGGAUCCCUCUCUACUACUGCCCCCCUCCAUAGCUUCAUGUAGCCCAGAAUCCAUUUACUUUUGUUCCAGUGGGCAUUAUACUUUAUAUUCUUUCACAGUGGAAGCUUUGAAGUUGUAAGAAGUGGAUUGUAUCCUACUCAUCAAUUUGUUCAAUUCAGUAAGCAUUCAUAGCACAUUCAACAUCCCUCUUAGUUAGGUACCGGAGAGCAGUAUCUUUAAAACAUUUUCUGCCAUGACUCACAGUAACAAGUAUCUUUAACAUCGCAACCCACCACAUCAUUUGUGUGCACACAUACUCAUAGCUAAAACAAGUGUCAUGGAAUAACACUUAUCCGUAUUAUGGGAGAUGUACUUGAUAUUUUCUCUUCUGCUUUUUAAAAAAAUUUUCCAUCCAUGGGCUGAAACCUGUAAUUUAAGAAAAACAAACAGAAACCAACCUUACUAUAGGGAUGUAAAGGGAAGAGAGUAACUGGUAGUAGAAUAAGCCAUACACAUAAGUAUCUGCAGCACAAAGCUCAAAGAUCCCCUUUGAGGGAUGAGGGCACAUCCUGUUGAGAGGGGAAGAGACUUUUAGGGCAGAGACGUGUGUGAAAUGCACCCUGGAGAAGUAGAUUUUGAGAAGGAGAAAAUAAAAGGGAGGACAGUCCAUGUCGGGGGAAGACUAUGAAUAGAAGUAAGGCAGGAAUGAAGCCUGGAGCUGGUUUGGUGAAGAUAAAGUUAUUAGCUAACUCAGAGUGGGGGUUGGACCUGCACUCCUCUUGGCGGGAGGGAGAGCCGAUUGGAGCCACUACUGACUCUUCUCCACGCAGUGCUUCCCAGUGCCUGCUGACCCACCUGGUUCUCUUCAAAUCACUUGCCUUCUAGGCGUCCUGAGGCUCCUCUCCGCCUUGGAUAGAGUCAGAAAACUGCCUGGAUCCCUUAUCUGGACCCUCAGCCCUUUUCCUCGAGCCCAAUGCCUGCCACCAUCCCUUUGGUCCCCUUAGAGGUCAAAGUAGUUCAACAGAAAGGGCAGCAAGGAAAGAGGGGUGCACCUGUGAGCUACGGCCUUCGCUGGGCGGGGCCUGAGCCCGCGUUCUGUGGCCCAUUGGUCUAGAGCCACCAGGUUGGCUGCGCUCGUUCUCAUUGGCCCAAAGUGGCUGAAUGGUUGGCUGUCAUUGGCAGAGAAUCCCCACCCCCACCCCCAGCAUGCCCAAAGCGUGGGAAAGGGCUUCCGCAGAUAUAGGGAUGAGAAUGUUUCCCAGUAACUCUUCCAGGGCCGGAGCCUGUGGGCUGCGUCCGUGAAGGGACUGAAGGCCAGCAUGGAGGAGUGUCUACGAACCAGAUAGAAAUGUGUUACGGAGGAAAGAACGAGAGAGAAGAAAUCAGGAAACACAACAGGAUGACAGCACGUUUAAUUCGAGCUACUCCCUCUUCAGCGAACCCUACAAGACUAACAAGGGGGAUGAGCUCUCCAGCCGCAUCCAGAACACUUUAGGCAAUUACGAUGAAAUGAAGGACUUUUUAACAGAUAGAUCUAACCAGAGUCAUCUGGUUGGUGUCCCCAAACCUGGGGUUCCUCAGGCUCCUGUGAACAAGAUUGAUGAGCAUUUCGUGGCAGAUCCGAGAGCCCAGACCCAGCCUGCAUCUGUUGGCAGCACCACCUCCACACCAGCAGCUGUCCCUGGGCAGCAGAGUAAGCGGGGCGCCAUGGGCUGGCAGAAGGCUGGCCACCCGCCGUCCGAUGGUCAGCAGAGAGCAGCACCACAGGGCUCUCUCAGGACCUUGCUCGGAGAUGGGGUUGGCAGACAGCAGCCACGGACCAAACAAGUCUGCAAUGUCGAAGUAGGUCUUCAGACCCAGGACAGGCCGCCUGCCAUGACAGCCAAGCACAGCAGUGGUGGCCACUGUGUCCAGAACUUUCCUCCAUCCCUGGCUUCGAAGCCCAGCCUGGUCCAGCAGAAGCCAACUGCCUACGUGCGGCCAAUGGAUGGCCAAGACCAGGCUCCUGACGAGUCUCCAAAGCUCAAGUCGUCCACAGAAGCCAGCGUGCACUGCACAUCGUACAGGGGCGGCCCCGCUGCCAAGCCAGAGUCCGCCAGAGCCAAGGGCAAACUUUCCAAGUUUGGCAUCCCCAAGCAAGGAGAGGAGAGUAGAUCUGGAGAAACCAACAGCUGUGUUGAAGAAAUCAUUCGGGAAAUGACCUGGCUUCCACCACUUUCUGGUAUUCAAGCACCUGGCAAAGUGGAACCAAGCAAAUUUCCAUUUCCAAAUAAGGACUCUCAACUCGUUUCCUCUGGACACAAUAAUCCAAAGAAAGGUGAUGCUGAACCAGAGAGUCCAGACAAUGGCACGGCCAAUACAUCCUCUCUGGGAUGGUUAUCCCCAUUUACAGAUAAGGGAAAUGAUGCACUGAGAGGAAUGCUAGAAGAUGACCUUAAGCUAAGUAGCGAUGAAGAGGAGAAUGAACAGCAGGCAACCCAGAGAACAGCUCUCCACGCUCUGUCUGACAGCGCCGGGGUCCAGCAGGCCAACGGCAGGGCCUCUGCACCCUCCAGCAAGGGCAGCAGCAGCGGCAGCAGCAGCAGCAGCGGGAGCAGUUCCUCCAGUGACUCUGAGAGCAGCUCGGGAUCUGACUCGGAGACUGAGAGCAGUUCCAGCGAGAGUGAGGGCAGCAAGCCCCCCCACUACUCCAGCCCCGAGGCCGAGCCAGCGUCCUCUAACAAGUGGCAAUUGGAUAAAUGGCUGAACAAAGUUAAUCCCCACAAGCCUCCUAUUCUGAUCCAAAAUGAAAGUCACGGGCCAGAGAGCAAUCAGUACUACCCUCCCGUGAAGGAUGAUACACAGGACUGUGGGAAGCUUCCAGAAGUCUGCCCCAGCAGCCUGAGAGACAAGGACAUCAAGAGCGCCUGCAAGGAGGAGCAGAGACCAAGGACCGCGAACAAGGCCCCCGGGAGCAAAGGGGUGAAGCAAAAGUCCCCUCCCGCUGCCGUGGCCGUGGCUGUGACCGCCGCCCCCGCCGCCCCGCCACCCGCUGUGCCCGGGGCGCCUGCCGAGAGCGCGCCUCCACCAGCCCGGAGGUCAGGGGGCAAGAAGCCCACCCGGCGCACUGAGAGGACCUCGGCCGGCGACGGUGCCAACGGCCUCCGGCCUGAGGAGCCCGUGGCCGCCGAUGCGCUGGGGGCGAGCGUGGCGGUUCCCCCGGAGCCCACCAAGCCCAGGCCCUGCGGCAACGGCAGGACCAGCCACCGCAAGGAGCUGCGCUCGGCCGUGACCUGCGAGAAGCGCCGCACGCGGGGGCUGAGUCGGAUCGUCCCUAAAUCCAAAGAGUUCAUCGAGACAGAGUCUUCCUCUUCGUCCUCCUCCUCAGACUCGGACCUGGAGUCAGAGCAGGAGGAUUAUCCCCUGUCCAAGGCGCAGGCGGUGGCCACCGCCGCCCCUGGGAACGAGCAGAGGCUGAAGGAGGCUGCCAACAGCAUCAUCGGCGGCGGCCCCCGGGCCCCCGUGGGCUCCAUCAAUGCCAGGACCACCAGUGACAUCGCCAAGGAGCUAGAAGAGCAGUUCUACACCCUGGUCCCCUUCGGCCGCAAUGAACUCCUCUCCCCAUUGAAGGACAGUGAGGAGGUCAGGUCGCUCUGGGUCAAAAUUGACUUGACCCUCUUGUCCAGGAUCCCAGAACACCUGCCUCAGGAGCCGGGGGUCUUGAGUGGUCCUGCAUCCAAGGAAGCUGAGAGUGCACCCCCAAGCCACACAGCUGACGCGCCCCCAGAAAAGGCUUUGCCAAAAUCCAAGAGGAAACGUAAGUGUGACAACGAAGACGACUACAGGGAGAUCAAGAGAGCCCAGGGAGAGAAGGAGAGCUCCUCACGACUGACCGCCUCUGGCAGCAGUACCCUGUCUGCCAACCACUGCAACAUGACCAUCAACAGCUUGGCAAUACCAAUAAAUAAAAAUGAAAAAAUGCUCCGGUCACCCAUCUCACCCCUCUCCGAUGCUGCGAAACACAAAUACCCAGGCGAGGACUUCACUUCCUCCAGCAGAUCCAACAGCAGUGGUUUGUUCCCUUCCAACUCCUCCAACAAAAAGCAUAAGGCCGAGAGCCAGCUGCAGACCCACGCCGGAGACCUCCCGAAAGCAGCUCACGGCAACUCCGAAAGCGUUCUCCAUAAGUCACGCCCGCAGACAGAGCCGUGGUCUCCGGGCUCCAAUGGCCACAGGGACUGCAAAAGGCAGAAGCUCAUCUUCGAUGAUAUGCCACGCAGUGCAGAUUAUUUUAUGCAAGAAGCUAAGCGAAUGAAGCAUAAAGCAGACGCAAUGGUGGAAAAGUUUGGAAAGGCUCUGAACUAUGCUGAAGCAGCCUUGUCAUUUAUUGAGUGUGGAAAUGCCAUGGAACAAGGCCCCAUGGAAUCUAAAUCUCCUUACACGAUGUAUUCGGAAACAGUAGAGCUUAUCAGGUAUGCUAUGAGACUAAAAACCCACUCAGGACCCAAUGCCACGCCAGAGGAUAAACAGCUGGCUGCAUUAUGUUACCGAUGCCUGGCUCUCCUGUACUGGCGGAUGUUUCGACUCAAAAGAGAUCAUGCUGUAAAGUAUUCAAAAGCACUUAUCGACUAUUUCAAGAAUUCAUCUAAAGCUGCCCAAGCCCCAUCUCCAUGGGGGGCCAGUGGAAAGAGCACUGGAACCCCAUCCCCCAUGUCUCCCAACCCCUCCCCCACCAGCUCCGUGGGAUCUCAGGGGAGCCUCUCCAAUGCCAACGCCUUGUCGCCUUCAACCAUCGUCAGCAUCCCGCAGCGCAUCCACCAGAUGGCAGCCAAUCACGUCAGCAUCACCAACAGCAUCCUUCACAGCUAUGACUACUGGGAGAUGGCGGACAACCUGGCCAAGGAAAACAGAGAAUUCUUCAACGACCUGGACCUGCUCAUGGGGCCAGUCACCUUACACAGUAGCAUGGAGCACCUGGUCCAGUACUCCCAGCAGGGCCUGCACUGGCUGCGGAACAGCGCCCACCUGGCAUAGGGACCUCGCCUCCGAGCCGGACUGUGCUCUUGUCUUCAUGGAUGGCUCAGCAUUGCUGGACACUGUGCUACUGAAGUUCCCAGCCACAGCAUUUCUCCAACCGCGGUGAAUAUUUUCUCAGCAUCGCACAAUGGUCUUUCUUCCCAGGGCACGUGUGUUUGUCUGUGUGGGUGUCGAAGCAGCUGCCUGUGUGUGUGUAUAAGACACCCAGCUCUUGAGAACACCUCUUUCUCUGUCUAGUUUUCAGAAUCCAGGCUAGACAAAGUGAUCAGACAUUUCUGAUGAAAGAAAAUGUGUUUACACACACAUACAUACACGCACACACACACACACACACACACACACACACACACACACACACUUUCUAGUUCAAAGCUAAACCAUGACUUCUUAGGACGUUCAACCAAAAUCUCAUGGGUUAGUUAACCAGGUGCAAUACAGCACACCAAAAGCUUGACUGCCAGUUAAGAUGAACCUAGUUCUUAUAUUCUUGAUUACUUUCAGUAUUAAUAUACUCUUCCCCAAUUAUUAUUUUUUGAUUGUGUGUAUUAAUGGAUAAUUGAAUAAUGAAAAUCAGUCAGUUAUUUUUGUGCUGGCCGUUUACUAGAGUGCAUGUUACCAAAUACCUUUUAUCUAGCACCUGCCCCCCCCAUCCAACUUUACUGUCAGCUAAACAUGUUAGAAGCAAAUGAAUGGACUCCCACAGGCCCUCCCUGCCCUGCCUCCCAGAAUAGUGACCUUGACACUGAGAUGUGGUAAAAAGUCUUGGUGUCUUUGAAAACGAACCAACAUUAAAGCAGCAACGACUGUGUUUAGGGCGCUCAGUGAGGAACUGCCACCUUCUUCAGAGGCCAUGAGCCCGCCCAGCACGUCUUUUUCUUCUUCCUGCCACUGUGACAGACAGAGGCUGUAGAGCCACAUGGCAUUUGCCAGCCACUAUUUUUCAUGUCUUUUCUUUCCGUGAUCGCUUUCUUACCACUGUUCUUGGCCAAACUAGGGUAUUGCCUAGAACGCCUCUUCACUGGGCAUCUGUAUCUGUUGCUUAUCAGGCCAAGAACUCUUUGCCAUCCUGAUUCUGCCUCAUCCUCUUGGUCUUUAUAGAAAGUGCCCCUGGUGGCCUCCCAUGCAUUUUGAUCUGGGGGAAUGUGUUUUAGGCUUUGAUUAGCAAGCUCCUUACUCCACAGAGCAAGUUAUUCCUGCCAUGACCGCAGUGGUGUCUGGGGUCACAACGACCAGACAUCAUGCUUCCGCCCUGUGCGUCUGAUAUGUUUACGUCUUGCCCUUGAUUCUUGUCUUUUUUUCUUUUUUCUUUUUUUUUAAUUAAGUUUACAUUUUCCUUUCUGGACAUCUUGUUUACAGUUUUUGUCUGGAAUUUAUUUCUUGUGUUGUCUCUUGUCAUACCCUAGAUGUAGUCUUCUUGUUCAAUAUAUUUGGAUAUAAAAAUAUUGGUUAAAAAAAAAAAAAAAAACUCCUGGAAAAGAGGAUAAUCCUUGCCACACUUUAAAAACAAAAAUAAUAACCUUAAGGCCUCUCACUUGACAAAAUUGCCCCGAAUCUGCCUGAGAAAGACAGGCGAUAUGAUGUGUGGAAUAAUCCAUUUUGCAAGGCGAAGGUAACACAAAACACGUCUAACAGGUACUGAUGGGCUCGUGGGUGUGGUUGCCACGUUAAUGUAUUUGUCAGCCUGAUCUGUCGGGAGAAAUCAGAUGGCUGUAGUUCGCUCCAAGCACUGAUUCAAAACCAUACAAAUGAUUGAACAGCUUCGGCGAUUGGAAGUGAAUCUCAAUGACCAGGUGAAGACUCUGUGAAAUUUCCAUUUGGCCUUGACCUUCAAGCAUCUGGAAAUACAAACAGUCUUUCUUUUCGUACGUUUAUCCACCUGAGAUGCUUCUGAUGGUCCUCUCAGUAAUUGUUGCCAGGGUUCCUGAUCCCACUGGGGUCAAAGUUAAGACAUUUUUUUUUUCUUUUUUGAGGGGAUUGAGGCUCAGUCCCACUCAGUCUUGUGGAAUUUGGAUGAAAUAUUCACGUAAAGGGACGGCCCCCAGGGUCCAGCGUGCAGCCCUGAGGUGCCCCUCUGGCUUUGCCCACCUUUGUGUAGCAGGCCUGGUGGUGGUGUCCACGUGAUGUGCUGCCCCGUGAAACCCAUCUGAACACGUAGGUGGUCUCUGGCCAGUGGUGCCAGCUGCACUCAGGCAGCAGCCAUUUCCAAUGCAACGUGAAACUGGUCAUUCAGGAGCGGUCGCAGCACACCGUUCUCAGCAUCUCUUGUUUCACUCCCGCUGGGUAGGGCCUGUUGGGGCAGUGGUUUUGCUUUGCUUUGCCAUCCAUGAUUUCGCCAUUGUGGCAUCUUUUGAUCAUUGCUUGUUUCUUGCAUUGAGUUUUGUUCCCAGUAGAAAGGUCUCCCUUGCGUUUUCUGAUUUCAAAAGGAACACAUGCUCAUAGAAAAAAUGCACCCAAUACAGAGACGUGGAAAAUCGGAAGACUCAGCCCCCUCCCCCAGAGCCAACCACUGCUCAUCCUUUCCUGUAUAUCCUCUAGAAACCUCCCAUGUAAAUAUAGAAGGUCUAUUGGCAUUUUUUUUCCUAUUUGAAGCCAUUCUUUCAUCAGAAGUUCAUAUGCGUUCAGCAGGCCUUCUCCUCCAUAAUCUGAAUGGACCUUGAUCACAAUUGUUCCGGUUCUCUCUGAAUUCAGAGAGGAAUCCAAAUAGUUCCCUGAUCAAAAAGUGGGCAUUUGUUACUCUUCGACACAGCUGGGACUUAACGUGCAGAGCUAUGCUCCGGAAGAGAGGUUUGGUUAAAAUGUACUUCUGGAAACUUUCAAACUGCCCGUGGAACCUCGGACCCUUUCUCUAAAGAGGAAUGUACUGGGAAAAAGGAAAAAAAGAAAAACCUGAAAGAGUUGACAGAUUGUGCGUGCGAUUGAACACAUGGAAUCAAUGCAAUGAGGCUUCCUGCACUAAAAUGUACCCUCAUAUCUACAACAAUGACGUGUGUAUUAUAUAACAGUGAUGUGUACAUUCCUGACAUCCCAUACAUAAUAUACGCAGUUUGUAUAAAAGCAUUCAUUUAAAAAUAUAUAUGUACAAUACAGCUAACAUAAACCUGUAGUACGCCUGAAGGAUAUGACUAGUGCCUAAUCUUAAGUGUAAGUCCACUGCGUGUUCAAAUCACCUUGGAAGUGCAGUCAUUGUUAUGAAAUGAAUCAGUGCAGCCAACCUUAUUUACAAACCACAUCUUUGAAACUGUGCAGUCGUAUAUACAUAUAUAUUUUUAAAUAACAUUUUUCACGGUUUUCCAGAGUUACUGUUGAAAUCUGUAUCACCAAAAAGAAAAAGAACAAAAGCAAGAUUUUUUUUAAUGAUGUAGACACUCUUCAGACCCAGUAAAUCUGUGUGUGGUUUCCUGUUUGUAGAUACCCAAGAAACUUUAGCAGUCACCAGCCUUAAUGCAUGUACAGGAUAUUAUUGUGACUUAAUUUAUCUGCAGUUUUUAAUCCAUGUGAAAUUGGAAUUUAUAAACUGACUUGGAUUAAAUAUGUCUGCCUUUCUAAGGUUGCCAAUGUUACAUUAAAUGAUUUAUGUUGUAAAUGAGA